UCUCAUACCGGAAGUGCAUCUCCACCCCCCCCACCAACCCACCUCUCCUGUAGGGAUGCUCUUCUGUCUCCCCCAAGCGCUGCAUCGGUGGCCCCACCUGGGAUCUGGGCUUGGUUGUACCUUGAAUCAGGGCAGCUUUUGCCUUGAAAAGGCAGAUUGGAAGAAGAGGGGAGAGCCAGAAGAUUCCUUGGAGCACAGACCCAACAUGGAUGGACAAGGCACAGCUGGCCUUGACACCACCCGGGUUGGGAGGAGUGAGGGAUUCUGGGAAAGAACUGUGCAGAAUAUCCUGGGUGCGGAGGACGCCCUCAGCUCAGACGCUCAGCGCCAACGUUUCAGGCAGUUCCACUACCAGGAGGCCAAGGGGCCCCGAGACGUUUGCAACCUGCUUCAUGACUUUUGCCGUCGGUGGCUGAAGCCAGAGCUUCACUCUAAGACUCAGAUCUUGGACCUGGUGAUCCUGGAGCAGUUCCUGGCUGUCCUUCCCCCGGAGAUGCAAAGCUGGGUGAGGGAAUGUGGAGCAGAGACCUGUUCCCAGGCGGUGGCCCUGGCCGAAGGUUUCCUCCUGAGCCAGGCAGAGGAGAAGAAGCAGGAAGAGCCGCAGGGCCUGUUUGCAGAAGGGGCCGCUGGUUUCCCUGAGGCAGAGAAGACUCCUUUGGACACCAGAGGGAGUCCCCUGAGAUGGGUGGUCGUGCAGGAGGGGGACAAAGGAGCCGCUAUACCAGGUGAUGGAAUGAUGCUGGAAGGACCAUCUCGGCUGCAUCUUCCUUCUGGCAGAGGGGAAGCAGUUGCCAUGGCAACAGAUCAGGGUCCCGUGUCGUUCCAGGAUGUGGCUGUGCAUUUCACUGAGGAGGAAUGGGCUCUGCUGGAUCCUGACCAGAGAGGGCUGCACAAGGAAGUCAUGGAGGAAAACUGUAAGGUUGUCACUUCCCUCGCAGGUGGAAAGGGUUUUCAGUGUGAUUCCAGCCCCACCACGCCUCAAAGGACGCCUACAAAUGACAAACCAUAUCAGUGCCAGGAAUGUGGAAAGAGCUUCGCUCACAAGUGGGUUCUCACUAAUCAUCAAAGAAUUCACACAGGGGAGAAACCAUACAAAUGCUUGGAGUGUGGAAAGUGCUUCACUCGGAAGGUGAACCUCAUCCCUCAUCAGAGAAUCCACACAGGGGAGAAACCAUACCAGUGCUUGGAAUGUGGAAAGACCUUCAGGCAGAAGAGAUAUCUCACUUCACAUCAAACCAUUCACACAGGACAGAAAUUAUUUCAGUGCUUGGAGUGCGGAAAGAGCUUCAGGCACAAUAUAACUCUAACGAAUCAUCAAAAAUUUCACACGGGAGAGACGCCUUAUCAAUGCUUAGAGUGCGGAAAGAGCUUCAUCAGUAUUUCCCACCUUACAUCCCACCAAACACUUCACACAGGGGAGAAACCAUAUCAGUGCCCCGAGUGCGAGAAACGCUUCACUCAGAAGAGUCACUUGACCUCUCACCAAACAAUUCACACAGGGGAGACGCCAUAUAAAUGUUCGGAGUGUGGGAAGUCCUUCCGUCUCAGCAGAUACCUCACUUCUCAUCAGAGAAUCCACACAGGGGAGAAACCUUAUCGGUGCUCAGAGUGUGGAAAGAGCUUUGGUGAAAAGAAGACUUUAGCUUCUCAUCAAAAGAAUUCACACCCUGGGGAAACAAGAGGACAUGAAUGUGGCGAGGGAGGGAGGUGCGGGGUCGCGAGGUCCGCCAGAACCAACGCUCUUCCCUCCUGCCCAGCCCCCAGUGCGCAUGCCUGGUCCUUCCCGCGGCUUUUUCUGCCUCUGCCCGAGGGGCUUCGGGGACCUGGACUUGGAAGCACCUCUGGGAGUUGCCCUGAGAGAAAAUUAGCAAUAAAGGGACAAGUCCCUUUGAAUCCUUUGGGGGCCUUCCAGCAACAUAGAUCAAUGAUGGAAGAAGAUUCAGCUGAACCUGAAGCAGGAAGGGGCCCCCAAACCACCAAGACUGGGAGCAGUGAGGAAUUCUGGGGGGAAACCACAGAGAAGAGAUUGAGGGAAGAGGACACCCUCAGCUCAAAUGUGCAGCAGCAGCAGUUCAGGCAAUUCCACUACACAGAGGCCAAGGGUCCCCGAGAGGUUUGCAGCCGACUCCACCGUCUCUGCCGUGAGUGGCUGAAGCCAGAACUUCACACAAAAUCUCAGAUCCUGGACCUGGUGAUCCUGGAGCAGUUCCUGGCUGUCCUCCCUCCGGAGAUGGAAAACUGGGUGAGGGAAUGUGGAGCAGAGACCAGUUCCCAGGCGGUGGCCCUGGCCGAAGGUUUCCUCCUGAGUCGGGCAGAGGAGAAGAAGCAGGAAGAGCGGCAGGUAAAUGGUAUGUCAUCAGAAGGGACCAACAGUUUCCAUGUGGCAGAGAAGACUCUCUUGGACGCCGGAGAGCAUUCGCUGAGACAAGGGACAGCCCAGGAGGAGGACAGAGGGGCCUCCUUGCUGGGGAUCUUCUUGUGGAAUGGAAUGGUGCCGGCAGUAUCUACUCAGCCAUCUCUUCUUGGUGCUGGAGGGGAAACGGCUGUUGUGACACCUGGCCAGAGUCCGGUGUCCUUCGAAGACGUUGCUGUGUAUUUCUCAAAUGAGGAGUGGGCUGUGCUGGAUUCUCACCAGAAAGUGCUGCAUAGAGAAGUCAUGGAAGAGAUCAUUGCCUCUCUCGGCUCUAAUCACCACAGAAAGAACUUCCGCCGGAGUCCUGCCAUUAUUCCCUAUCAAAGAAUUCACACCGGUGAAAAUUCGUAUCAGUGCUUGGAAUGCGGAAAGAGCUUCAGGCAGAAAAUAACCCUCAUCCGCCAUCAAAGAAUUCACACCGGGGAAAAUCCGUAUCAGUGCUUGGAAUGCGGAAAGUGCUUCAAACAGAAGAUCACUCUCAUCCAUCAUCAAAGAAUCCACACAGGAGAGAAACCAUACAAAUGCUUGGAAUGUGGAAAAGACUUCCUUCGCAGUUCUUACCUUACUUCCCAUCAGAGAAUCCACACAGGGGAGAAGCCAUAUAAAUGCUUGGAAUGUGGGAAGAGUUUCACGAGGAAGAGAAGUCUCACUUCUCAUCAGAGUAUUCAGGCAGGGGAGAAACUAUAUAAGUCCUGGGCUUGUGGAAAGAAGUUCUGUCAUGUUUCGUACCUUACUUCCCAUCAGAUAAUCCACACAGGGGAGGAACCCUAUAAAUGUUUGGAAUGUGGGAAGAGCUUCCUUCACAGUUCUCGCCUUACUUCUCAUCAGAGAACUCACACGGGAGAGAAACCGUAUCAGUGCUCGGAGUGUGGGAAGAGCUUCACUCGGAAGAGGAACCUCACUUCUCACGGAAGAAUUCACACGGGAGAGAAACCGUAUCAAUGCACUGAAUGUGGGAAGAGCUUCCGACACAGGCCGCACCUUAUUUCCCAUCAGAGAAUUCAUACCGGGGAGAAACCUUAUCAGUGUUUGGAGUGUGAAAAGGGCUUCUACCUUAGUUCUAGCCUAACUCGCCACCAGAGAAUUCACAGAGGGCCAGUACUGGGCUCCGUCGAAGCAGCACGCAGACUCCCUUGCAAGUCCGCCAUCUUCUUCACGGCCUCCUGCCUGACAGCCUCAGGAGCCUCCAAGAAACGCAGCCGAAACCUCGGGUCGCACAAGGAGGCCAGGCCUAAAGUUGUUGCGGCCAAGCAAGCGUCGGUCAACUUCCACUCGUCCGAAAUGAAAUGGACCGUCACUGCCACAAACGGAGCGCCGGCUACGGAUGUCCAGCAAUCAGUUGUGACGGCCAGUUCAGUCUUAGUUAGCCUGCAUAUUUCUCUCUUCAUUUUCUCCACCGUGUCCUUGUACAGCUUUGGAACUCCUGCGGUAGCGAAGGAGAUCUGUUUCAUGUCUGCCAUUCCAGUCCGUGCCCAGGUGGCGGCGCCGCCAAACAGCAAGCAGGGAAAGCACAGGAACGCGUUUUUUGAGGUGCUUCCGCAAAGCCACUCCUUCCGGUCGUACCAGGUCCUGCUAAACCUCCGGGUGACCGGCUUGCCUUUCUCCAGCACGGUUUGCACAAUGCACAGAACCCCCUUUUGCGUUGACACAGCAGCUCUGGUUCCCAGGGGCGUUGCGGGACGGGGGGCAAGAGGCCUCGGGCUAAGCCUGGGAGGCGGGAUGGCGGUGGAGCAAGCAGAUGGGUCUCCUUCCCUGACUCUCCAGCUGCAGACCGAGCUGGAUGAAAGCAAGGACGCAGAGAUGAAGAUGGAGCCAGAGGUGCUUCAGGGCCUCAAAGAGGCAACAGGGGCAGGAGACAGCUCCCCAGACUCCCAGUCAGCGGCCAUCGGGGGCCCCAAACGCUGGGAAGAGCUGCAGCGCGUUAAGCAGGAGCCAGGUGAGGGUCUGUCGUCGCUCCGCUGGGAAGCCCAGUGGCAGGAAUUCCUGAAGGCGGUGCAGACCCCUCACUCUGGCGAGGGCGACCCACAGCUGCCAGAAGCCGUGCCAUGGGGUGAAGGCAAGAACGCCCUGUCCCGCUGUGAGAGGGCAGAGGCCAUCAGCCAGGGGACUCAAGAACAGAGCCAGGAUGGGGUCCUUCCUUUCAACAGAGCAGCCCAGCAAGAUGAUGGGAGGGAGGGCGCCACUGGCGAUGUCGGACCAGCGAUAAAGAUGGAGGACCCCGCCAGCACAGAGGCCCAGCGUCGGCUUUUCAGGCAGCUCUGCUACUGGGACGCCCGGAGUCCUCGCGAGGUCUAUGGGCGGCUCCGGGAACUGUGUGCGCAGUGGCUGAAGCCAGAGAGGAGCACCAAGGAGCAGAUCCUGGACCUGGUGAUCCUGGAGCAGUUCCUGGCUGUGCUGCCCUCGGAAAUGGGGAGCUGGGUGAAGGAGCGAGGCUCGGAGAGCUGCGUCCAGGCCGUGGCCCUGGCAGAGGAAUUCCUCCUGAGGCACCAGGAGGCGGAGAAAGCGGGAGGGCAGGUGCCAGGGGCGUUCCAAGAGGCUGCUGUCACCUUUGCUGGAAAUGUGGAGGCAUCGCCGGAAACCACCCAGAGGCAGCUCGGUGGCGAGUUCAAACGGGAAAAUGAGGGGGUCUCCAGUGUGCUGGCAGGUGACAGGGGCCAGUGUGCUACUGAGGGAGAACUAUUCUGGGUCCCACAAGGAAGAGCGAUGGGUCAGGAGCUGGAGGAAAAAGAUGGAAGCCAAGGAAAGCCAGAGAAGCUUCGGAGCCAUGAGAUGUGGAGGGACAAAUUUCUCCCUUACCUGGAGGAUGGCGACGUCUGCGAAAUGCCAGCCCAGCAGGGCACCCUCAAAAGGAAGAAGCGCGUCAGAAGCGCGGUGAGCGAGAAGCUUCUCCGAGACGAAUCGAACCUCCGUGGAAUCCACACGGGGGAGAAACCACACGACUGCUCGGUCUGCGGGAAGAUAUUCCGCAGGCGCUCGGACCUCAACAGCCACCAGCGAACCCACACGGGAGAGAAGCCUUACGUUUGCCUGAACUGCGGGAAGAGGUUCAACCGGAGCACGAACCUUAUUUCACACAAGAGAAUCCACACGGGGGAGAAGCCCUAUAAAUGCUCGGACUGCGGGAAAAACUUCUGCCACAAAUCCGGCCUGAUUAGGCACCGGAGGACCCACACAGGAGAGAAGCCGUACGCCUGUUCCGAGUGCGGGAAGAGCUUCAGCCAGAGGCAACAUCUGAUCACCCACCAGCGGAACCACACGGGAGAAAAACCGUUCACGUGCUCCGAGUGCGGGAAGAGCUUCAACCAGAGCCAGCACCUUACCACACACCAGAGAAACCACACUGGGGAGAAGCCCUUUGAAUGCUCCCAGUGCGGCAAACGCUUUUGCGACAAGUCCACCCUUUUUAGACACCAGAGAAGCCACAUUGGGAAGAAACCCUUCAAAUGCUCCAAAUGCGAAGAGAGCUUCUACCGGAGCAAGCAUCUUAUCAGACAUCAGAGAAUCCAUCUUGAACCUUCGGCGGUCUAAUUUCGUGGGGGUUUUUUCCCCUCCUAAGUUAAUGUAUAUAAACAGUGUUUGUUCCUUGCUUUUUGCUGUCCGCAAAUCAUGUUUCGAAGGCAUUGGGGAUACCAUAUUUUUUGCUCCAUAAAACGCACUUUUGUCUUCCUAAAAAGUAAGGGGAAAUGUCUGUGCGUCUUAUGGAGCGAAUGUGUGGUCCCUAGAGCUGAAUUGCCCAGGGGCAAAAUGCAGAUCAUGUUUUUUUGAGAUAGCGAGAGAGAGAGGGAAGUGGGUGUUCAAACAAAGCCGCUGAUCGGCAAGCAAUCAGGAGCGAGAUAAGGGACGCUAGCAAUAAAGGAGGCUGCCUGGGAGGGGGAGGUAAAAGCCCAUGGAUCCUCAGGAUUUUUACAUUGGGUCACCCCAAAUUCACCAUCAGAUCACAUAGCAUGUCCAUGGCUACAGCCUGCACCAAAAAUAUCAUGCACCUACUGUUGCCUGGGGCAGCAAUGGUGCAAAAACGUGGUUACAAAGCACGGAUCCACAUGGAUCCUCAGGAUUUUUGCAUUGGGCUACUCCAAACUCACUGUCAAAUCACAUGUCUGUGGCCACAGCAUGAACCACAAAAAUCAUACAUCCACUGUUUCGUUCGGAAUAUUUUUUUUUCUUGUUUUCCUCUAAAAACUAGGUGUGUCUUAUGGAGCGGAAAAUAUGGUAAUUACUGCCUUCAGACAGAUGGAUGGGGUACAAAUAAAAAAAAAUUACCAUCAUCAUCACUCGAUAGCCCUCUCCUCUGUGAAUUUGUCUUUUUUAAAAUCAGUGCCUGUUGGUGCUUCCUGUGGCAGUGAGUUCCACAGUUUAACUGUGAGAUACUUUUCUUUGGUCCAAUGUUCGGCAUCAUUGGACGUCUGGUGUUAUGGGAGCGUGAGAAGCAUGUUGUCAGUGUUCCCCACGGCUUGCGUUUCUUUUUGCGUGCCACGCAUUAGUUUUCCCUCCUCAAAAUAAAAUAAAUGUGACAAGCA